AGAUGCCAAGCUGGAUAUACAUACCGCGCAUGCGCGUUUGUGGUUUUGCCACGUACAGGUCGCUGUGAGGCGUUUCCGAUAGUCAGUCAGCCUUGUCUCAGCUGAAGUCUAGGACAUACAGGCUGCUGCUGGGAUCACAACGUCCAAAUCAUCAGCAGUAUGAAUGGCCAGCUGGACUUGAGUGGGAAGCUGAUCAUUAAAGCUCAGCUGGGGGAUGAUAUCCGCCGGAUUCCCAUUCAUAAUGAAGACAUCACUUAUGAUGAGCUCCUGCUGAUGAUGCAGCGUGUCUUUCGUGGGCAGCUACAGAGCAGCGAUGAGGUCACCAUUAAAUAUAAGGAUGAAGAUGAUGACCAUAUCACCAUCUUUGACAGUUCUGAUUUGUCCUUUGCAAUCCAGUGCAGUAGAAUAUUGAAACUCACUCUUUUUGUGAAUGGGCAGCCUCGGCCACUGGAGUCGUCUCAAGUCAAGCACCUGCGUAGAGAGCUGAUCCAUUUGAGAAAUAAAGUCAACAGCCUUCUGGACAGCCUGGAGCCGCCCUCAGAGUCUAUCCCAGAGAGCACCCACCCAGAAACUGAAUAUGUGAAUGACGCGGUUGAUUCAACAGUAAAGCAGGCCCCUCCAGUGAGUGCUGCUAGCAUGUCUGCAUUUGACCCACUGAAGAACCAAGAAGAGAUCAACAAGAAUGUCAUUUCCGCAUUCGGUCUGUCUGAGGAACAUGCCCCAGUUCCAGCUGUAGCCGCCACUGCUGCUGCAGAGGAGCGCUCUGCUACUCCAGACAGUAUUGCCUCUUCAUCUUCAGCAGCACCCCCCUCUGCUGUGGCUCCCCAGGGCCCCCCACCUUACUCAGGGGUCCAACAAACUCACUCUACUACUACUAUGGAUGGUCAGAUGUAUCAGCAGUAUCAAGCUCCGGGUGGAUACCCUCCGCCAGCCGGACCGCAGCAGCAGUAUGGGAUGCAGUACCCUGCUGGUUAUACCCCUCAGCCUGGAGCUCCUCAGGCUCCUGCCCCGCAACAACAAUUCCAGAAUUACCCCACCCCUACCUCUCAGGCUGCUGGUGCUCCUGGGUCUGCCCCUGGGUUUUCUGGCCAGUCACAACCUCCUGCUCCUCAAGGAUCCACCCAGUACCCACCUGGAGCAUUUCCAGCUCAAAACUACACAUCACAGGCUGCAGGGGGUUAUCAACCCCAACCCCGCCCUGGAUACACCCCACCAUCUGGUGCCACCCCUCCUCCUGGAGGUUCCAACCCCUAUGCCCGAAACCGUCCACCUUACGGCCAGGGCUACACCCAGCCAGGUCCUGGGUAUCGGUAAAGGCCCUAUAACAUCCCGACAUCACCUGUGAGAGUUUAAUCUCGCUAGGAGCUUUCUCUGUCUCCAACACAUCCACCCCCAAAAUUUCUGUGUUUGACAACCUAAUAUCGUGUUUGUGUUUGUUUGUUCUUUGUGUUUAUUUUGGUGAAUGUUUGGAAGUGGAUGAAUGAGAUUGUGUGUGUUUGCACACAUAGGAGACCAAACAGAGUAGUAGUUGGACAGCUGUGCGUAUGUUGUGUGGGAAGUGUGAGAGAGAGGGUGUGCGGUUUUUUGUGUUUGUUUCAUUUUGUCACCGGUCUCCUCGUUGGUGUUAUUUUGUCAUAAACCUUGAGUCUGUUUAAACACUAGAAAAUGACCAUAAUCGAAUGAAGUGAUAUUUGUUUAGUUUUCUUUAAUAUUUUCCUUUCCUUUUUCAAAUGUCAUGGUUUUUACUAACCCCCGGCCGGCCUCUUGUGCAUUAAAGCCUGUCGUUUCUGUACAAACUGUAACAUUGUUUUCAGGAGGUGAAUAAAGACUUUGAGACUUAA